AUGUCCCCCUCGGCAGGAGCAUCUCCGGUCCCUUCCCUCGCCAAGGGUUUCCAGCCUAGGGCACCGGGGGCCGAGCCUGGAGGCCCGCAGCCCUGGAGACAGGCCCGGGGGGACGGAGGCCUGGAGCGGGCGGAGGGCGGCGGGCGGCGGGCGGCGGGGACCGGCCUGGGCCGCCGGGUUACGCCCCCGCCGCGCCGCGAGCCGCCGCCGCCGCCGCGCCCCGAGCCGCGGGCGCCCCCUUCCCCGACCCCCUCCGCUCCGGGACCGCGGCCCCGUGACCCCGGCCCGACCCCGACGGCGCCGGCCCGGGGCCGCGCGGACAGGCCGGGGCCGGACGCAGCCCGGCGGCGGCCUGGGCCGCGGAACAAAGCGGGGCGGCGCGCGCUCGCUCGCUCACUCACCGGGCGGCGGGCUCGGCGGGCCGGCGGCCGGGCCGGGCCGCGGGCACCAUCCCGGGAAGUGAGCGCUGUCUGCCGCCUCCCGCAGCCGCCGGUGGCCAUCUUUAAUCCUCCUCCUCCUCCUCCUCCUCCGGCUCUCCCCACCUCCCGCAGGCCGGCUGACGGACGCGCCCGGGAUCCUCCUCCUUCCCUCCUGCUCCUCCUACCGAGCCCGCCGGCCGGCCGGCCCGCCCGCCGCAGACAUCGCGCGCCCGCGGCCCCCUCCCGCUUUCCUUCCUCGUUCCUGGCUUCCUUCCCCGCCCGGGCUUCCCGCUCUCCCCGUGCUCCCGGCUCCUUCUUCUGGGGCGCCCUGCACCCUCUCUUCGUGCUUCCAACUCCUCCCGUGCUCCCCGCUCCCUCUCUGCGUGCUCCCGGCUCCCUCUCCCCGUGCUCCCGGCUCCUUCUUCUGGGGCGCCCUGCACCCUCUCUUCGUGCUUCCAACUCCUCCCGUGCUCCCCGCCCCCUCUCUCCGUGCUCCCCGCCCCUUCUCCUCGUGCUCCCUGCGCCUUCUCCUCGGGCACCCUGCACCCUCUCUUCGUGCUUCCAACUCCUUCCUGUGCUCCUUGCACCCUCUUCGCGCUCCUCACUCCUCCUAGUGCUCCCCGCUCCCUCUCCCAUGCUCCCCGCCCCUUCUCCCCGUGCUCCCUGCUUCUUCUCCUCGGGAGCCCUGCACCCUCUCUUCGUGCUUCCAACUCCUCCUCGUGCUUCCAACUCCUCCUCGUGCUCCCUGCACCCUCUUCGUUCUCCCCCCUCCUCCCCGCGCUCCCUGCCCCUGUUCCCCGUGCUCCCGGCCCCCUCUCCUCAUGCUCCCCUCCCUUUCUCUCCGUUCCCUUUCUCUGUGCUCCCUCUUCCCGUGCUCUCCGCCCCUUCUUCACGUGCUCCCGGCUUUUCCCCAUGCUCCCCGCUCCUUCUCUUCGUGCUCCUCACUCCUCCCUAUGCUCCCCUCACCCUCUCUCCCCAUGCUCCCUGCUCCUUCUCCGCUCCUCCUCCCCCCACCCCCGUGCUUCCCGGUCCUUCCUCCGGUGCUUCCCGCGCCCUUUCCCCAUGCUCCCUGUUUCUUCUCUUUGUGCUCCCCACUCCUUCUCUGCUCCUUCCUCGGUGCUCCCUGCUCCCUCUUCGUGCUCCUAGAACCCUCUCUCUCCGUGCCCCUCCCCUGCUCUACGUGCUCCAGGCUCCCUCCCCUCCUGCUUCCUGUGCCCUGGCCUCUUGCUGCCCUCUCCGAGUGCUCCCUUCCUCGUCGUCGGCCCCUCAGCUUUCUGUCCCAGUGCUCUCCUUACUCAGGGCACUGUGCCCUCAGCCGCCUUUCUUGGUGCUCCCGGUGCCCUCCAGCCACGCGCAGCCCACCUGCCAUUCACCCUCUCUGCCCGCCCCUCUCCAUGAGCUCACCAGCCUUUCAAAGGACCCCCUGGACUCCGCUCCCCUGAAAGCCUGCACCCAUUUGCUGGAUGCUGGCAUCGGGCCUUAA